UGCGGCGCGAGGCAGGACGGCUCCCGCCGCGCCCCGCCUGCCGCGUCCACGUGAUCCUGCCCCACGCGGCCAAGAUGGCGGCGCCCAGAGCUGUCAACGUGCUGCGGGGCGGAGGUUCUGUGACUGGCUGCCACAGAAUUUUUUCUUCGUGCAAUCGUGUCUACCUGCACAGGCAGUCAAGCAAUCAACAACGAAGAUGCUUCUUUUUUCAGGGACAAAGAAAUACUGCUUAUAGUAUAGUUUUGCCAGCCACAGUUUCUCCAGCUCACCCAGUUCCCAAGCACAUAAAGAAGCCAGACUAUGUGACGACAGGCAUUGUACCAGACUGGGGAGACGACAUAGAAAUUAAGAAUGAAGAUCAGAUUCAAGGGCUUCGUCAAGCUUGUCAAUUGGCCCGUCGUGUCCUGCUUCUGGCUGGAAAGGGCUUAAAGGUUGGCAUGACAACUGAAGAAAUAGAUUCCAUUGUUCAUCAUGAAAUAAUCAGACAGAAUGCCUAUCCUUCACCUCUGGGCUAUGGAGGUUUUCCAAAGUCUGUUUGUACUUCUGUAAACAACGUGGUAUGUCAUGGUAUUCCUGACAGUCGACCUCUUCAGGAUGGAGAUAUUAUCAACAUUGAUGUCACGGUGUAUUACAAUGGCUACCAUGGUGACACUUCUGAAACCUUUUUGGUGGGCAAUGUGGAUAAAUCUGGUCAAAAGUUAGUGGAGGUUGCCAGGAAAUGUAGAGAUGAAGCAAUUGCAGCUUGCAGACCAGGGGCUCCCUUCUCUGUAAUUGGAAACACAAUCAGCUCGAUAGCUGAAAUCAAGUAUUUCAUGGCCAGUGGUUCCUUGUUACAUCGGCUAGAAGUCGCAAAUAAAAGAUUACAUGGAUUCAUGAGUUACUCUGCUUAGAAAAAUGCGAAUCUUUGCUAACCUGUUCCUGUUGAAGAUGGUGGCAAAACUGUCUAUCAACUCCACUGGGAACAGAAUCGGGCCCUGUGUUCCCAUUUCCUUCUAACACUAAUGACAUUUCUCUUUCAGACAGAAACAAAUCUGGUUUGAAAUCUACUUUUUAGCCAUUGAGUUUAGAUACGUGCAAGUGUUGUGAGUGUAUAGAGCUAAAAGACGUAAACGUGAUAUUGUUAAAUAAACCAAUUUCCAACUCCUAGGAAAAAAUAGUAGUGAGGAAAGUAUUAAUAAAUGGUUUAAAAUGUUUAACUCGUAAGUAUAUGUUUUGAUAUUAAUUUAGAACAAUAUAAAGCAGAAUUUAAAAAAAAAUCUGUUUCUAUCAGAUUAUGCACAUUUAAACAAUAAGUGGCUCAGGCAAAAUAAGUCAUUUUAAUGUCAUCUGUGAUAGAUUUUCCUUGACAGCUACUGUAAAUUACAAUUACACUGCUUCUCUCUGCACUUGAAAGUAAGCAUUGCAAUAAAUUAUCUUUUAUUUCAAUCCAUCAUGUCUGCUUUCAGAAACAGAGAACCUCAAAUAAAAGUUCAGCGCUAUUGUAAGAAAAAUACAGUAAUUUGUGUUCCAGUUUGAAACUAAAAUGUACCUUUCUUUCAAAAAACAAUUGUUGGCUUUCAAAAAUAUUAC